AUUUUUCAAUCCAUUUCUCUAACUUUAGGAAAAUCAGAGCGUUUCAACCUCUAAUCUCCCCGGUCGUCACUGUACAGGCUUCUCUCAUUCUCCAUCCUACACAAAGUUUCUUACUUUCCCUUUAUCAAACCAUUUAAAUCAUUUUUAGUUAUUCAUAUUGUUCAUUUGUUUACUUUUCAGAUUAUAUGUUUGUAAAAGAUCAUUCUGUUGCUCGGAAACCAAGUUGAUGUUCAUCUUCAAUCUUUCCCUCUUAACUUGAGAAUUUUGAAAUCAAGUGCACAAUAUUUUUCUGUUUCAUUCUGAGGAACCAAACAGACAAGUAAUAUCAGCUCCAUGAGUUCUUUAACAGGAUCAGGGGAUUCCUGGCAUCCCGAAGUGACUGCCAAUACGACCAUCUCAAGCUACUGGCUCAACUGGAGGGUCUUAAUUUGUACCAUUUCGGUCUUGAUUACGAUGACAUUUUCAUUGCUUCUUAUAUGCAAACAUGAAGGCUUCCGCAAAUCAAACCAAGUUAAUGGAGAAGCCCAACAAAAAACAGCAGGAUUUCUGUAUGAGAAUGAAACCUGGACACCAUGCCUAAAAGGCGUCCACCCUGGUUGGCUGCUCGCUUUCAGAGUUCUAGCAUUCAUUGUGCUUUUGAUAUGCCUAUUUGUCAUCGAUUUGGUUGAUGGUGGCAGCAUUUUCUACUUUUAUACUCAGUGGACGUUUACAUUGAUAACCAUUUAUUUUGGGCUUGGAUCACUACUAUCUAUGUAUGGAUGCUACCAAUAUCACAAAUGGGUCAGCGGUGACAAGGUUGAUAAUGUGGAGGUAGAUGCCGAGCGAGGAACCUCUAAUAAUACAGCAAAAGAUUCACAUAACCUCGAAAUAUAUCCACCUUCAAAACCUGCAGGCAUUUGGGGUUACACCUUUCAAAUAUUGUUCCAGAUGAAUGCAGGAGCUGUUCUGCUGACAGAUUUUGUUUUCUGGUUUAUAAUUGCUCCAUUUCUUGAAAAAAAAGAUUAUGGUCUGAACUUUUUGACUGUUAACAUGCAUAGUAUCAAUGCUGUUUUCCUGCUUGGUGAUACUGUUUUCAAUUGCUUGCGCUUUCCCUAUUUCCGGAUUGCUUACUUCUUCCUGUGGACAGUAGCUUAUGUAAUAUUCCAGUGGAUUCUCCACGCCUGUGUCCAUAUUUGGUGGCCAUAUCCAUUUCUGGACUUGUCGUCUUCACUUGCUCCAUUGUGGUACUUGGCAGUGGCAUUGAUGCAUUUUCCAUGCUAUGGUGUUUUUGCUUUGGUAAUAAAGCUGAAACACCAUCUGUUGUCAAGAUGGUUCGGCAACUCCUAUUGGUGCACGAGGUAACUUUGAUAGAAGAAAGGAUACGGUAACCCCCAUACAAGAUGCAUAGUUAGCAAAACUUAACAUGAUGGAAUGAUAGAAUUCACAGAGAUAUCAGUCCAUCCGUGUUGAGUUUUGGAACAUACACACAAAAAUAAGGUUGGAAGCAGCAGUCUUGGUUAAUUUAUAGAUCUAUGAUAGAAGACUGUCGUAAAUGUAAGUAAAAAUUCCAGAAAUUCAGAGAGGAAAAUUCUGUUUCUUUCUUUCACAUUAAUUUUGCAUUCUCCUAUGAAUGAAAAGCUAUAUAGAAGUUUUAUUAGUUUAGUGAGAAUGUAGUUUAGGAGAAAAUAGAAAAGGGAUUCAGAG